UUCUUUUUGUGUUUUUUCAUUUUCAAUCGGAAUCAGUAUGGAACGGCAUCGUUUGUGGAUAAAUUUCAAUGUUGAUUUGUUCCUGAUACUUGUUUGAAGACGAUUGUUUACUUCUGUCAAGAUUACCCCUCUGUUGAGAGGAAGCCAUCGGAUGCAAGGGCCGUUUGUUGAACCUAUCUGUAACUUCCAGACGAAUACGGUGAGACUACAGGGUGUCAACUGAAGUCAAUAAGGAAUCUAUCCCGUGUUCUCAGAAUCAGAGUGUCGGUGGAGGAUUAGUCUCUGGAACGUGUAACGUGUGCUCCACUCCUUGCUCUUCUUGUUUUCCUACUAGUCCAAGUCUCAUGGAGUCAAAAGUUGAUGAAUUAUCUGGAGAAACAGGUAUAAAUAGCUUAAGUUUCUCUGUCAAUGAUGUUUCGUCUUCUGAUAAGACUAGAAAAUGUGAAAUUAGACAGAGUAGUAAAAUAGACAGUGCAAUCCGCACUAGUUCAAGUAGCUUAUCUUUCUCUGCAAACACUGAAGUUAAAGCAAAUGCAAGGACUUCUGAUGUUUCAUCAGUUACUUCAGAUGGUGCAGUGCUUGCGAAGUUAAAGCAUCCCAAAUCUUUUGAAGGCCUUGAUGACAACAUGUCAUGUAUCGGUAGAGGCGAUGAAGGUAAUAAAUUAUCCAGCUUCAGUAAGACGAGUGAAGACAAAUCAAGUCUUCAGUGUUCUUCUACUUCCAGUGGGAGGACUAUAAAUAAUCAAACUUCUGCUGGAUGUGUACACGUGAAAGUUGAGGCUGAUGAUGGUAGUCCAGUUGACCAUAGUAGGCAGAAUGAAAGCAGUGGGGAAGAAGAUAACAAGGCACCUACUGAGGCGACCUCAUCAAGAAAUGCACAUAGGACAGGAGACUGUUUGGAAAAUAACCAUUCAUUAUUAAAGAAUGACGUGGCAUCUGAAGCUUCUGAUGAUCGACCUGCUGAUACUUGUCCUGAGAAGAAUGACCAAAAGAAUGUUGGAUCACCUGUUUCCUCUGAUACAAAGGACGCCUUACAAUCACAUCAAAUGGAUGAGAGUGAGGAUUCUGACAUUGAGGAGCUAGAUGUGAAAGUUUGUGAUAUAUGUGGAGAUGCUGGUCGGGAGGAUUUACUUGCCAUAUGUUGUAAAUGUACAGAUGGUGCAGAACAUACUUAUUGCAUGCGAGAAAUGUUACAAAAAGUUCCAGAGGGUGAUUGGAUGUGCGAGGAAUGCAAAUUUGAUGAGGAAAUGAAAAAUCGGAAAGAAGAUAAAUCAGUGAAGUUUGAUGGAAAUGGAAAAAGUUAUCCUACUGGUCAAAAAAUUGCUGUUGGCAAUACAGGCCUUACCAUAAAAACGGAAUCAAAGCCUCCUGAUUUUGAGGGUGACAUAGCUUCUGACCCUAAAACUCCUGGCAAGAGGCGCAUGGAUGAUACUGAAGUUUCUUCUGCAGCAAAGAAGCAGGCUCUUGAACCAGUUCCGGCAUCACCAAAAACACUGAGUCCCAAUAAACUUCCUGCCCUUUCUCGUGAAAGUUCAUUUAAAAACUCAGAUAAGGGGAAGUUGAAAUCUGCUAAUCUGAUUUCUUCUGGAGGCCUUUCUGUUCAUGAUACUCCAGCUUGGGGGUCACGACUACAAACUUCUAGAGGUACCUUUUCGAAGUCUAAUUCUUUCAGUUCCCUGGCUGCAAAACGAAAAGUGCUACUUGUAGAUGAAAGUUUCCCCCCGAAGCAGAAAUUGGUCAGAGAGCCCACUGGUCUUGAUGCGAAAGAGAGUUCUACUCGAUCAAUGAGCAAAUCUAUGUCAUUUAGAUCGAUAAGCACUAGCCGCAACAAUGUCUCUGAAUCAAAAGUUAAGAUGUUAUCCCCUAGGUUUUCCCCUGCUCAGGACAAAGCACAAAUACAGACAAAAGAACGAAAUCAAUUUGAAAGGAAGAAUUCUUUUAGAUCAGAGCGUUCUCCCGGUACUUCUGUUCCUUCUAGAACGGAUCAAAGAUCAGCAUUUCGAGGUGACCCUUCACCACUUCCUUCCUCAAGUAAUAUCCGUGAUUCACGAACAGGUCAGCUUGACAGCAAACCUAUGUCACUAUUGAAAUCUUCUGGUGCUGUUGCUCGUAGGACACAGGAUUUAUCUGUUCAUUCAGAUGAAGCUAAGAAGCAGACAGCUCACACAUCCAUCUCUACAGGAGCUCCUGCUGCCAAUAAAAUUAGUAGCUCUGAUCAGCGACCUGACCAGAGUAGUGCAAGAGAUGAUUCUUUGCCAAACUCUUAUAUUGCUGAGAGACCAACAUCUAACACUGGUGAAGGUCUGUUGGAUGGACUGCCCCAGCCGAGUGAAUCAAAAAAUGUUGGUGAGAGAAUAAAGGAGAGUUCUGGGAGACGCUUAAAACACACUGGAACUGGUAUUAAGUCACUCUUCUGCCAGAAGUGUAAAGGAAGCGGUCACUUGACAGAUAGUUGCACUGUUGAUGGGUCUGAAUUAGUCGCUUCUGAUGUUUCUACUGUAAAAAAUUCUAGAGAGGCCCCAAAUGGCACCAGCAAUCUUAAAGCUGCAAUUGAGGCGGCUAUGCUAAAGAAGCCUGGAGUAUGCUGGAAGAAUAGGGUUGUUGAUCAAUCUGAUGAUUUAGCUGUGUCAAACACAAAUGCUGAAACAACGGCUCCGGAUCUAUUAUGUGGUUCAAGUAGCAGAAGAAUGUUUUCUUCCAACGAGGAUGGCCAUGGGGUGUCAUUGAACUCUAUGACUGUCUCUCAUAAACAGGAAAUCGGUAGCUUGAGGCAGCUAUCAGUGCUUCCUGCUGAAGCCCUUACCGGAGCAGGAAAUCUGGUGCCUAUUCUUCUGUCUGAUGAAAAAUCUUCACUUGUUGAUUUACAUAGAUAUUCACAAGCGGCAAUGUCAAUACUUUCGAAGACAGCAUUUCCAGAGCAUGAAUAUAUAUGGCAGGGUGCUUUUGAGGUUCAGAAGAGUGGAAGAAGUCUCGACCUAUGUGAUGGAAUUCAGGCUCAUUUAUCAAGUUGUGCAUCACCCAACGUUCUUGACACAGUACAUAAAUUUCCUCAAAAGGUCCUCUUUAAUGAGGUAUCACGAUUGAGCACUUGGCCAAUACAAUUUCAGGAGUAUGGUGUUAAAGAAGAUAAUAUUGCACUGUUCUUUUUUGCUCAAGAUAUUGGAAGCUAUGAGAGGUGCUACAAAAUUUUGCUGGAGAAUAUGAUUAGGAAUGACACGGCUCUCAAAGCGAAUCUUCAAGGUGUUGAACUUCUGAUAUUCCCAUCUAACAGACUUCCUGAAAAAUCUCAACGGUGGAAUAUGAUGUUCUUCCUAUGGGGUGUCUUUAGAGUAAAGAAGGUGCAGGCAACAACUGGAAAGCCAUCUCUUGUACCCCAAGAUACUCCAAAAUUAAUCAUGCCUUUUCCAGAGAAUAUACAUUGCCUCGGACCUGUAGACAAUGUUACAAGUGGUAAUGUUUCCAUGGAUGGUGAGGUAACUGCUUCAAAGAAGUCUAGCUGUCCAUUAGUUAAUGGAAAUGUUGAUUCUAAAGCGGCCCAAGUAUGCAAAGGUGACUCUGCAGACACAAAGGUGGAGCAUCUGGAGCCUAGGUCCAUGUCUUCUGUACCGGCCAGCCACAUGGAUUUUGCCCCAGAGAGGAGACAGUUUGGCAUUUUCCAGGUGGUUGGAGAUGAUGGACGUGAAUGCAAAGUGGAAGUGCUAAGUAGUUCUGCACCAGCUGCCAAUUCUCAGCCAUCCCGCUCUGUUGAUGAAGCUGCAGGUCAUAUGCAGGAGAAAACUUCUGUGGGCAGCAUGGAGAAAGGCUUCUGUAGCACAAAUGGUAGGAAAUUUGAGAUAAAUCUGGAAGAUGAAUAUAAAGAUGAAGAGGCAUCUGAAACGAGUGGAAGUGCAGCUACGGAACCGACACGGAAGGCGCUCAUUAGUGAUGUGUCAAACCACCUGAAACGUCCCCGUUCAGUGGAGACCGUGAUGCAAUCUGCUGACUCUGGAGUUAAUCGAGCAACUCGACUUUUUAAUGAUAAUGACCUUCUAGUUGAAGAGGCACACCAUGACAAAAAAUUGAAGACUAGUAUUGGUGGAUCUUAUGGUAAUAGCGAGCAAACUAGUUGUUCCAGUGAUGAUUUUUUGUCACGGAUGCGUGGUUCCUCUUAUGGACCCUACCUUCCGGAUACUGGGUAUGAUGAAGCUCUGAGUAAAGCACCUGUUCCGGAGUGCUCAGAGAGUGCUGAAAGAUAUUUCUUCCCUGUUGAUCCAAAUCCUGGUAAGGCUAGCUCGACGCCUUGGCAAAUGCAUCAUCCUGACAAUGAUCAGCUUAGUGAUAGAAUCCCGAAUCUUGAGCUAGCAUUAGGUGGUGAGUCAAAUUCACAGACUUGGGGAAUCCCAUCCUUUUUAGUUGGGAAAGUAGACAAGAAAAUCAUUCAGCUCCAAGGUGGUGAGACACAAUCGCUGACUCAGGGAAUCCCACCCUUUUUAGUUGGGAAAGUAGACAAGAAAAUCAUUCAGGACCAGGGUGGUGAGACACAUCCACCAACUCCGGGAAUCCCACCCUUUUUAGUUGGGAAAGUAGACAAGAAUAUCAUUCAGGACCAGGGUGGUGAGACACAUCCGCCAACUCCAGGAAUCCCAUCCUUUUUAGUUGGGAAAGUAGACAAGAAAGUCAGUCAGGACCAUUCUUCAGUUGGAGUGAAGGAGGUAGAGGAUGUCUCUGCUUCUCUCUCCCUUUCUCUUUCAUUUCCUUUCCCGGAAAAGGAACAACAGAAAGGUUCUGUUUCACAAACUGAGCAAGCAAUACCUGAAAAAAGACGCAGUAAUACACCUCUCCUCUUCUUUGGGGGACUCGGCAACAAGUAGGGCGAUCUUGCCAAUAAUGGUGUACAUUUUAGUUUAUUCACAUGGAUGCGGUAGGUUUACAGCAUGUUCAUAAGGAUACAGGGGUUAUAAUUUUGUUAGGUGUUUGCAGUCAAUUUCUCUUUUAGUUUGCAAGUGCAGAGUGACGGCACUUUUGUAUAUAUAAAGAGAAUAUUAGCCGUUGUGGGCUCUGGUACCAUAGAAAAAAUUAACAUUUAUGCGUCAGUUUUUUCUCCUUUUAAAUAUUAGUUAUCCCUCAGU